AGGCAUGGAAGGAUCAAGGGAAAACAAUGACUCAUCAGUGGAAAAAGAUUCUACUUCUAUGAAAAGUAAAGAGGCAUCAGAGAAAAACAUUGAUUCUAUGUCUUUGCAAAGUGAAGUGGCAACCGAUGAUGACAUUCCUACUCUGACAGAAGAAAACUAUCGGAGUUGGAAAGAUAAGAUGGAAAAAUUGUUGAAGUACAAAGAAGUGUGGGAUUAUUUGGUGGGAGCAAAACGUGAACCUGAUGAUCAAAGUAAUGAGGAUUGGAAGCAGAAAAAGGAAGAAAUUGUAUCAAUAUUUGAAAAAAAGUGUGGAGCUAGGACAGUACCAUAUAUUGAAGGACUAGAGAAUAUGAGUCUUAUUUGGAGCCAAUUAGUUACCAUGUAUGAGUUUAAGUAUUCAACUUCAAAUACAGUAAGAAGGAAGCAGAGAACACAUCACACAUGGUGUGUACCUCUUUACACGGCUAUUAGUGAUGGUGAUUGGAAGAGUGUGUCUGAGUUGGUCUCUGAAAACGAGGGAGCUCUUACAGCCAGGCUCACAUCAGGCGGAGAUCUUCCUCUUCACGUGGCAGUUCAACAGCAAAGAACUGAAAUUGCAAAGGAAUUGAUAAAAAUGAUGCCUGCACACCAUCUAUCAAGACAAGGAAAAGACGCGAUAACUGUCCUUCAUAUUGCUGCUGUAUGUGGGAACAAAGAGGUGAUCAAGGCCAUGAUAGAAAAGGAUGAGAAUCUAGUGAUGAUCAAAAGCAAAUACUACCACAAUCGCAUCCCAAUCAUGAUGGCUGCAAUCUUCGGCCACAAAGAUGCGGUGAAUUAUCUUUACCCGAUCACCAUACGCCAAACAGAAGAAGUAGGUCAUCAUGAUCAUCAGAUGGAAGAAGACCACAGUACUGACCAAGAACGUGAAACAACUACAAUUAAACUUCUUACUACUCUAAUUUUUGGUGAAUUUUAUGGGCAAGCUCUUGAUCUACUACAGAAAUACCAAGGUUUAGUCUUGGUCAAAGAUGUUGAUAAUUGGACACCCAUGGAAGCACUCUCAGAGAUGCCUACUUCAUUUAAAAGUUCAUUACCAAGCAAAAGAAGUGUUGGGAGAUUAUUGGGAUACUAUUUCAUGUACUCAUUGCUAGAUGUCCAAGUCAAUGUAAAAAAUGCUUCUUGCCACCACACAAAAAGAGGAGACGAAGAAAAUUCUUUCGAUGAGGAUGAUGAUGCCAACGGAAACAGCACUCAAGCUGGAAAUAUGACAAGUAGAUCAAGAACAAAUUCUAUUAUUUUCCAGUUUGUUAAGGGUCUAUUGUUCCUCUUCCGCUGGCUAUUUCAGAAUGCACUUAUAAAACUAGUGCCUGGUUGCAAAAACAUCUAUGAGGAGAAGUUGAAGCAUGAUAGAGCUUCUGAGCUACUAAAACAAAUGUGGAGGAUAGUAUCAAAACUUGAUGACCUUACAAGUGUCAACAAGGCUGUGGGUUUAGCAAUGUCUAACGCGACCCGGAAUGGGAUUGUUGAAUUUAUUGAAGAGUGUAUCAACUACUGUCCUCAGCUUCUGAAGACAUCAAGAACAUUGGUGUUUCAUGACGCAAUCAAAUACCGCCAGGAAAAGAUUUUUGGGCUUAUCCAUCGUCUAGGCCCAAUGAAGAAUGAUCUUACAACGGUACAGUACAUUGAUUCAGGAGACUUUAUGUCACAUACAGCUGCACAAAAAGCACCUAUUGAGAGGCUCAAUCAAGUUCCAGGUGCAGCCCUCCAAAUGCAGCGUGAGUUGCUCUGGUAUAAGGUGCAUAUUUUUUAAUUCCCUUGCUUCUUCUGUAUAUAUGUGCAUGUGGAUUUUUUUUUUAUUAUUAAUUCCCUCUUUCCACUGAGCAU